UUUAAGCCAUUGUAAGAAUUAUUUAACACUGAAUUUUAGUAGGUUAUAAACAGGACGUUUUCAGAAGCAGUAUUUAGUGUUUCAUUGUGAAUUACUCCUUUAUACAGAGGUCAUAAGGAUUUUUAUCUUGAAAACAAGUGUAACGAUAUUUUAAACUAUCAUUAGUGGUGACUUCCACUUACAUAAUAUUCAUUUUAUUGUCAAUUGCUAGUUUCUCCAGGAUCAAGGGAUCACAAAGGACUGUUUACAACAAACUGUCGGAAUGAAUAUCUGUUGAAAUUUGCGUUCUUGGAAACAUAUAUACAAACAUAAAAUAUUAUGAGUUCCGAAGCAAAGGAUCUGAGUUUAAUUUCAGAGUUGAUCUCAAAAGAUUUACAGCUUGCCCCAUAUGAUGCAUGGAGUACGUCAUUAUGUAAAACAAGAACAAAAAUUGAAGACUUAAUUUUGUUAUUUUCACUUUAUCGUUCGGGAAUAGCAGAGGUUCACAGAGCCGGAAGUAUAGCAGAGGGUACAACAGUUGAGGCAAGUGACUCAGAUAUGAUGUUUCAGUGGAGAGGAAUAGAAAUUCUUAAGUCUGAGAAUGCCUGUGUAAAUGUGAGAAAGGACAUCAUUUAUUUUGUAUCCGAUUCAAGUAAAUGCAAUCCGGGUUACGUCAGACUAAAGCCAAGUGAGCAUAGCAAAUCCAUGUACCACUCCAAACUACAAACGGAUCUGAGUGAUUAUUUACAGCCAAUGUCGGACGGGUCUUACUUGUCCAGUGAAUGGUUUCGAUAUCUUAUGGUAAGCUUAACGCCAGAAGAAGAUAAGUAUCCAAAUUAUCCCUUUAAGACCAUUCAACAUGGGCCAUGCUCGAUGUAUAACUACGAAUAUUUGUAUCGCGAGAUUGAUAGUAAGCAAGCGGUUAUAACAGAAUACGACACAGCCUAUGCAUUGACGUACAGAGGCUGGCCAGAAGAAGCAAUCGAAUGGAAAACAAGAGACAGGAAAUUUGACUGGCCUACGCCUACAUUAAUCAGUAAAAUAUCUGAAUUAGGUUGCCAUGCUGUUCCGGUCGGUGAUUCCAGUUCUGCGACAUGCUCACUAGAAUGGCGACAGUCGUUUCUGUUAUGCGAGAAGGAACUUAUCUGGAACUUCAACGAUACGCAGAUACAGUGCUAUGUGAUCAUGAAGAGACUAAUUAAGAAAUAUAUUGAUCCGUUCGCGCCCGAUCAAAUAAGCUCAUACAACCUGAAGACUGUGAUAUUUUGGGUGUCCGAAGAACUUGGAUUAAACGCAUGGACUCCGGCAAAACUGCUUCAUUGUCUGAAGGGUUGCUUAGCACGUUUGUCUCACUGUAUUGAAUGUAGAAAUCUGCCUCACUAUUUCGUUAGAAAAGCAAACCUUUUCAGAAAUCGUUUUCUGUCGCCUGAUGACAAAAUAAUUGCAAUAGAGAAGCUCAGAAACGUCACAGACAAUAUAGUCAUUUCGACAAUGGAGGCAGGUCUACCUCCUAAUUCAAAAAUAUGUAAACUAUGGAAUGAUAGUAACAAAAACCUACAUAUGUUUCUGUCAGAAGGAGUCAAAAUACGCGAACUUUCAGAAAAACAUAUGGCCACUUUACUACUUACGCGAAAGAUAGAACUACAUCGUGCAGAGUUUCUAGUAAUGAAAAGAUACACGUCAAAUUUUCUCACAGAUCAAAUUGUUGGUGUAACCCUUCCGUUUUUAAAUGGAAAACACCUUGAGGUUGAUGAAACAGUUGCCGCACGCGCAAGGAAUUACUUGCACAUUCGACGAGGGUUAGAACACCUUCAAAAAACUAAGCAGUCGGAUGACGAGAGGAAAAAGGGUGAACUUCAAAGAAUUGCUCUGUAUGAAAUAGAAAACGGUUCAAAACUAGAUAUGUUGUCUGGACAACUAUAUCUUGCAACAUACUAUAUGAGCGUUCUUAAUUUACCAAAAUGCAUUUCUGUUAUUGAAGAGUGUCUAGCAAAGCUUCCAAGUAAGAUGUUUUACACAGGGUAUUGUUCUUCCAAUCCGUUCAUGGAAAUUGAAAAUGGGAAACUUUUAAAGAGUACUGCGUUUGAUAUUCCACCUGACAAGUUAAAUGCUUUAGAAACGACAUUUGAUAUGCUUUUUGCAAGAGAAGAUUAUGCAGUAGUACCAUCAUCUUUAGUAUUUGCAUGCGCACUUCUUCCACAGUACGGAGAAAAGUAUGUGGCCAUUCAUCCCUUUGUCUAUGCUUAUCAUCUGUUACAUUUGGCAAAAGUUAUGUGGGAAGGGCCAAGUUCACGGACAAAAGAAAUUCUGGACUACUUAGAGGAUCUCGUGCUGGAGUUUUGCGACACACCACACCUUUUCAAUGCUCUAAAUGUCAUUGGCUUUUCAGAAUUUCUAGUCGGAAAAAAUGUGGAAGCGUUUGGGCAUUUUGCUUCGUCUUUGCAAUUAUCAGCAACUAUGCCGAAGGUUAAGAAUGGUGCCGCCUGGUGGAUGGCCAUAUUUUUUCAUGCUUUGCAGUCCCCUUCUACGGAGACCUUUAGCGAGGCUGAAAUGGAAAAGAUAAACAGAUUUCGAUAAACUUCGAAUAAAUUUAGCAUUGAAAUAGGGACAUGAAUCAAUAAUUUCUGUCACAACACAGCCAUAUGUAGUUUAUAGCAUCGUUGAAAAAUAAAAUACCUCCAAGAAUUUGCAAAAUAUGUUUAACACCUUUGUCAAUUUUCAAUUUAAUGCACACUCGUAAUCAGUUCAAAUUGUUGUUGACAGUUCUCACGUGAAAGUGUAAUUUCUUUCAUUCGAAUGCACAUUUGGUACUUUAAAAUUGCACGCGAAGCGUUAUAAGUCACAUAAUUUUGGCAGCUUAAUAUUUGCUCUCGUAAAAAGAUCCAUUUUAAAUAUUCUAAUCAUGUGUGUAUUGAAAUAAUAUACUAUUUUGAGCAUGUAAUUCGUUUUACUGCAACUAAGUUAUAUAUAUGUGUGUAUGUUGUCCUUUUACAUUGAACGCAGUAGUAAAAUUCAAAGCUGUCUAUACUAGGAAGCAAGUUUUAAUGUUCUAGAGACAGUUGUUUAAAAAAAGAAACGUUUUUCAUUCGUAUAAAAGUUAUUUAGUACGCUUAAUGCAUAGCUAUCCUAGUAUUUCUCGAUUAAUUCUAUAAUCAUAUCAUUGGAAGAGAAGCACAUGAAAGUAAAAGUAUUUUACAUCUUGUAACAAUAAUUUGUAUACCUUUGUUUCGUUAUUUAGUAAUUCUAUAAUAUUUAAGCGUCCUUCAGGAAGUUGCAUUUUCCAGCCGCCGCUACGCUAUGUGUUUAUCUGGAAAACAAACAAAAAUGAUGCCAGACGACCUUCGUUUGUAUGGAGUUUACCUUUUUUAAAGUGUUUAAACAGAGACAGUUUUUAGACCAUAAAAUAAUUGGGAAAAGACAUUCUACAGAUACUAUACAUUUUGAUUUCAAUAGCCUUCCCUACCAUUGAUAUCCAAUGUACUGAUACAUAUAUAUUCUCUCACCAGACGCACAAAAGACAAAAAAAUUCUCAGAAUACACAAAUUAUACAGGACAAUACUUUCUUAAUUACAACAUUAAAAUGUGAUCACGCAUAUAGAAAUGUUGUCAUUCAAAAUGAAAUAAAUCACAUUUAUUAUAUACCUAUAUAAAUUCUGUAAAAAAGUCGGCUUGUUUUUCACACUUAAAUAUGAACAGGCAGAGAAAAUCCAUAUUAUACUUUUUAAAUUCCGUCUUGAACGUUUUUUAUUAUAUGCUGCCGAGCUACUUUCCUUUAAAUGCAUGACCUGACACAGUUCUAUAAAUUACGAACAUAAAAUCUUCACUGAGUUCUAUUUCAAUACCGAUAAACAUUAAAGAUUUCGUUCAAAAAUCUGUAAAAAGAUCCUUUGGAAUGAAAGCAACAUAAUAAAAAGUGGUAGAGGUAUAUGAUAAAAGGGUCAUUAUAACUAUAGCUCGAUCAGGGAUUUGUAUUUGGCUCUCGUGGAAUUUACGCGCUUCGUAAGAUCCGAUCUGGCAAAAGUCCACUCGAGCCGAAUACAACAUCUUAGAUCUAGCUACUGUUAUAACAACCCUAUUAUAUUGGCAAUGUGAAUAUACAAUAUUUCGUGGUGAUAUUACUUGUUUUGAAAAGGGUUGUUUAGUUCUGCUAUACACUUUGCUAAAAUACUAGCAAUAAAUGAAAUCGCUGUGAUUUAAAGUAUUCUAACACGUGUCAAACAAAGAAGGAUGAUAACAGUGAAUUAUUAUACAACAAUUCAUAUACCUGUCGUCACAAUUAUAACGUCAUAACGUCAAACAGCAUAGCGGCGCGCUGGAAAAGAAACCAAUUGAAAACGGGCAAAUAUUUAAUGAAUGUCGUCAAGGACGUACUUUAAAAUCCUUGGUAACGUGUUAGAAUCGAAAUAAUACAUCUCAUUUAGUGAUUUACUUUUGAAUAAAAUCCUUGUUUGUCGUUCAGAUGCGUAAUAUUAUAUCACUCGGGCCGCGUUCACGACGAAAUAUUCGCGAAUACUGAUCUAGACCUCGAAUAAGGAGACUACCAUGAUAUUUCUACAAAAAGCCAAGGCAAAAAUGUCCAACUCCACAGUAGAUGCCGCUAUAUUUUUGAACGCGAUUUCCAAAGGAAGUUUUGACUACAGAAUUGGUGCAGUUUUAAGACAGAACGUCAGAUGUACGUCUUGUCUUUAAAACAUUUAUUGUUUAUAGUUGUGAUAAUUAUAUUACCCGACCAUAUCCAAAGAGUGCCAUUAUUUUGAAAUGAAAUUCUUUGCAUAUACCAUAACUCAGUUACGUAUUAUGUAUAGCAGACGUGCAGAACAGCAGGCAUUUUUUUUUAUAAAUUGUGCAUAAUUACAUGACGUUUAGCAAUGUCACUAUCUAUGAUUCAACACAAUAGUACAUUACGAAAUGGAUUACCUAUCUUUGUAUAUAUCUUCUAUAAUAGUUGAUCAAAUGCAAUAAAAAUAUGAAGACAACGUGUUGUUCUUUAUUAUGUCCUGACAUACAAGUUUUCUAAAAGAAAAAAAAGGAGGCUGAUUUUUAGUCUCCAAAUAGUUUAAUAGUAAAUCUUUUAACCUUGUGGGUAUAUUAAAAAAGAGAGACAUUGAUAUUUAUGGGUAAUCUGAACAUUGGCUUUUUCAACAUAAUUUAUAUUUCUUGGAUAGCAUAGCCAGUGAUUAUGCGCCCCCACCCCCCCCCCCCCCUCCCCCUAGGAAGAUGGAGGGGUAUAUUGUUUUUGCAGAUGUCGGUUGGUCGGCCGGUCGGUCGGUCGGAAUGUAGACCAAUCCGUUUCCGGAUGAUAACUCAAGAACGCUUGGGUUGGUCAUCACCAGUAGAUGACCCCUAUUGAUUUUGAGAUCUGUAUGUCAAAGGUCAAGUUCACAGUGACCCUGAAUAAUAAAACGGUUUCCGGAUGAUAACUCAAGAACACUUGGGCCUAGGAUCAUGAAAGUCGAUAGAGAGGUUGGUUGUGACCAACAGAUGAUCCCUAUUGAUUUUGAGGUCAGUAUGUUAAAGGUCAAGGUCACAUUGGUCCUGAACAGUAAAACGGUUUCCGGAUGAUAACUCAAGAUCGGUUAGGCAGGCCUAGGGUCACGAAAGUUGAUAGAGAGGUUGGUCAUGACGAGCAGAUGACCUCUAUUGAUUUUGAGGUCAGUAUGUCAAAGGUUAAGGUCACAGUGACCAGGAACAGUAAAAUGGUUUCCAGGCAAUAACUCAAGAACGGUUGGGCCAAGUUUCAGGAAAAUUUAUAGCUAGGUUGGCCAUGACCAACAGAUGACCCCUAUUGAUUUUGAGAUCAUUAGGUCAAAGGUCAAGGUCACAUUGACCAGGAACAGUUAAACGGUUUCUGAUGUUCUUGUCCAAAACCAUAGGGCCUAGGGCUUUGAUAUUUGGUAUGUAGCAAAUUCUAGAGGUCCUCUACCAAGAUUGUUCAGAUUAUUUCCCUGGGGUCAAAUAUGGCCCCAUCCCGGGGGUCACAUGGUUAAUAUAGACUUAUAUAGGGAAAAAUCUCUUGUCCAAAACCACAGGGCCUAGAACUUUGAUAUUUUGUAUAUGACAUCAUCUAGUGGUCCUCUACUAACAUUGUUCAAAUUAUUCCCCUAGGGUCAAAUAUGGCCCCGCCCUGGGGGUCACAUGGUUUACAUAGACUUAUAUAGGGAAAAGCUUUGAAAAUCUUCUUGUCCGAACCACAAAGACUAUGGCUUUGAUAUUUUGUAAAGUAGCAUCAUUUAGUGGUUCUCUACCAAGUUUGUUCAAAUUAUCCCUCUAGGAUCAAAUAUGGCCCCGCCCCAGGGGUCACAUGGUUCAUAUAGACUUAUAUAGGGAAAAACUUAGAAUCUUCAUGUCCAUAACUUACAUCAUUCAAAUUUGGACCACAUGUAUAGCUUUGAGUGGCAAGAUGAACCUUGACAUGAGUUGACCUUGAUCUUGACCUAGUGACCUAUUUUCACAUUUCUGUAGCUACAGCCUUCAAAUUUGGACCACAUGCAUAGGUUUGUGUACCGAAAAAAACUUUGACCUUGUUAUUGACCUAGUGACCUACUUUCACAUUUUCGAAGGUACAGGCUUCAAAUUUGGACCACAUGCAUAGUUUUUUGUUCCAAAAUUAAAUUUGACCUUGAUUUUGACCUAGUGACCUACUUUCACAUUGCUCAAGCUACAGCCUUCAAAUUUGAACCAUAAGCAUCGUUUUGUGUACUGAAAUGCACUUUGAUCUUCAGAUUGACCUAGUGACCUACUUUCACAUUUCUUAAGGUACAGGCUUCAAAUUUGGACCGCUUGCAUAGUUUUGUGUUUUGAAAUAAAAUUUGACCUUGAUUUUGACCUAGUGACCUACUUUCACAUUUCUCAAGCUACAGCACUCAAAUUUGAACCACAUGCAUAGUUUUGUGUACCAACAUGAACUUUGAUCUUGAGAUUGACCUAGUGUACCUACUUUCACAUUUCUGAAGCUACAGGCUUCAGAUUUGGACCGCAUGCAUAUUUUUGUGUUCUCAAUUGAAAUUUGACAUUGAUUUUAACCUGUUACCUACUUUCACAUUUCUCAAGCUACAGCCUCAAAAUUUGAAGCACGUGCAUAGUUCUAUCUACCGAAAUGAACUCUGACCUUGAAAUUGAUCUAGUGACCUGCUUUCACAUUUCUCAAGUCACAGCUUUCUAAUUUGGACCACGUACACAUUGUUUUGUACCGAAAUAAAAUUUGACCUUGAUUUUGACCUUGAGCUAGUCUUGAAAUUUGGAACAUUUAAAAAUGGCUCAGUGGAUGGCACCAAGAUCACUCUGUAAUCUCUUGUUAGGUUAAUAGGUUAAAGGUCAAGGUCAGAUUAAACCAGAAUUGUAGAACUUUUGUUUACAGUGAGCAUAUAAUUUCUGUUCCUUGUGCAAUUACUGAAUGCAUCAAGGUGGGGGGGGGGGGGGGGGCAUUUCGUGUUCGACGAGCUCUCGUUAUAAUUAUUAUGCAGUCCGUGACUUAGGUUUAACCAUUUUUAAAGCCCUGCUCCGCGGCUAUUAAAAUUCUUGAAGGUAAUAAGAACGCUAAACGUUUAUUUAGACGUGUGCAUAGAAACUGCGUUGAAAAGUACUUAGCUUUGUUAAACAAUUGUAUCUUCUUAUAGAAGAGUAAAAUACAGCUCAUAUAGAAUGUAUUAAUCGGUUAACAUUUUUUUGACUUGUUCAUUUUUCUACUGGAGUUUAUUUGUCCAAAACCUCUAUACAAGUUAUAAAUAUACACCUUUGGUAGCUGUCUAACGUUUUCGAUUUCGUCGUAACUUAGGCUGACAUACAGUGGUGUUAAAUGAGAAAUGCAUCAACUCCUUUUGUAAUAUUUUUUCUCAAAACACCGUUUAUUCAUAGCGUUCAACUUUUGAUUUUGUUUAUAUUCGAUUUUCACUUUAUUCAACUCAUGAAUGCUAAAUUAAAUGCUUUUUAUUUGAAAUAAUUGUGUAAAUAAUUGUUCUUUUGUAUGCAUAUUGUUGUCCAGAUGUUGUUCAUGUAUAUACGUUACGCUUUCCAUUACUGGAAGAAAUAAAGAAAUCUAUCUGUC